UAGAUUGUUACUUUGUCACAGGACGAGCCGGUUUUUGGUGUCCGUUGAAAUGCGCUGAGAAAUUCUUCGUUUUCAAAAAACCGCCCACGGCACCAAACUUUGGGCAACAGAGCAAACAAACCCACCAUGUGGAAUUUAUUUUAUGAUUUCAAUAAAAUCAAUGAUAGCGUUAAAAAAAAUUUAAAGUUGUUAUUUAGUCUUCAUUACUUAAAAAUAUUUCGUCUCCGACGUACCGCCCAACAUUUCUGCCCCGCCCGGAGUGAUAAACAGACGUACCCCACCCAGCAUCACGGACGUGACGUCACCGCGCUCCAAUUCAAACUUCAGGAACUGAAAGUGUUGGUGAAACACAACGGCCUCUCUCGAUGCAGGCUGGGAAAAGUGUACAUUUUCAGCGCUAUAUCUUGAUCACUCCAAUCAUUUAAUCUCCAAUAAGGAAAGUCAUGGCGUCCAAAGGUGCGAAAGAAACCAUCGCUUCUAAGCUGGGCUUCAAAUCAGGCAGUUCUGCCUCCAAGGUCGACGCAGAGCUGGAGAAAGUCAGGAAAGAAAAUGCCCACCUGAGGAAAAAGAUUGAUGAACUGGCCAAGCGGCACGUCAGGCCACCGGACUCGGACAAAAGCAAGCUGCUGGAGAGGAUUCUCUCGCUUGAGACGCUGCGAGAGCGGAACAAUCAGCAGUUGCUGGGCAAAGAGCAGGAGCUGGAGAGUCUCAGGCAGCAGCUGUCAGCUAAAGGAGGAGAGGUGGUGGCAUCACUGCAGGCCCAGUUGGAGCAACGGAAGAAAGAGGCGGAGCUUAGAGACGGCUUGUUGCAGAGUUUGUCUCAGGAGACGGAGAAUCUGAAAAACAAGCUCGCCACGGUUUCCGCUCGGUGCCAGUCCCUGGAAACACAAGGGAGUGGACAAGCCCCCCCCGCAGACCUGGCUCUGGUCCAAGAUCAACUGAAAGACGCUCUUGAGAAGAACCAGCAGUGGUUGUGCUACGACCAGCAGCGGGAAGCCUACGUCCAGUCCGUCGUCGCUCGCUCCGUGGAGCUGGAGCAGCAGCUGGCUCAGGCCAAGAAGGCCGAGAGCAGCUCGGAGGGUUCUGAUAAGGAGAAUGACCUGAAAAGCCACUAUGAGCAGAAGCUCUCCGAGCUGCAGAAAAGCCUGCAGAGGCAGAAGGAGGAGACCAUCAGAGUCCAGCUGGAACUGAGCGCUCACAAGGAAAAGGCCUUGAAAGCCGAAGCUGAGCUGCAGAAAAGGAAGGAGGAGGCGGCGCUGCUGCAGAGGAAGUACGAGGACGAGUGCGGCGAGUGCUCAGCCGCUCAGAGGAGGUGCGAGGAGACGAGCAGAGAGCUGCAGGAGGCCAGGAUGCAGCUGCAGGCGGAGCGCGCCGGCAACAGACACGCUGUGCACGAUGAAAGAAAGGUGUCGUCUGAGCGGGCUGACAGAAUGAAAGCCGAACUGGACAGUUUGAACGUCAGAUUGGAGGAGGAGAGGAGGAGGUCUGCCGAGCUCCUGCUGCAGCUCAACGUCCUGCAGAAGUCUCUGCUGCACCAAAACGAAGAGCAGAGGAGGAUUGCAGCUCUGGAGCAGCAGAUCCAGCUCUCCACCAAGGACUUUGAGAGUGAGAAGCUGGACCGUCAGAGCAUGCAGCAGCAGCUGCAUAAGGUCCUGAAGGAGCUUCGCAGAGCUCGAGAUCAGAUUGCCAAGUUGGAAUCUGCUAAGCAGCCAAGGUUUUCAGAGCCCAGUUCCUACAACAGCCUGGAGUUUGAGCGUCUCCGCGUCGACGACCCCCACGGCCCCCCGUCGCCGUCCAAAGUCAUCAACCUGCUGGACGAGAGCUUCCUGGAGUGUCCAAAGUGUCGGGCGCCGUACCCCACCAGCCGCCACCGCGAGCUCCUGGCUCACAUCGACUUCUGCUUCGCCUGAUCCUGUCCUAACAGAUCAGAUCCUAGUGUGACACAUUUAGAUUUAUCCUGAAUCUUUUUUUUUUUUUUUUUUUUUUUUUUUUACGACAGCGCUGUCCAAGUGUUCUGAGCCGAAUCUGGUUCCUGCUUCUCACAGUAGAGCUCGGUUUGCGGAACAUCUGGAGGAUUAUGACCGUUGGAGAGGUGCAAGCUGGGAAUUUUAUUUUAUUUUUUAAAUGCAAGAAUCCUCCAAAGACUUAAAAAAAAUAUGUUUAAGCUUAUUUAGGGAGUUGAAAACGUACUUUUAUUUUUUCCAAGUUUACUAAAAUAUUUAUAGACAUGAGGGUAAUAUUUUGAAUUGAUCUCAAAUAUACAGGAAGUGCGGGUAUUUUUAUGACUUUCUUCACUCCGAACUGUCAGAAAUUUUUUUUUUUUUGUAAUUUGGGAACACUCCAAUUACUUCUCCCAUUAAACACCACCAGACUACUGCAGCAAAAAAAAAUUAAAAGUUUAUUGUUGAAUUUUUAAAGUUUACUAAGCUCUUAUAGAAUUUUUGUUCGUAUUUUAAGCGAGGGACAUAUUUAUUCUUUGGGCUUUUAAGUUUAUUUUUCUCAAAUGUUAGAAGUCUUUAAGUGAAUUAUGUAAUGUUGUGAAAUAUUCCACCUUUUUUCCUGUGUAAUCAUUGUAUUCUUCAGUAUUUUACAACCACAUAGAGCUCCACCGUAAAAGAAUCACUCCUUUCAGUAAUCAUGUAUAGAAGGAUAAAUGUGGAUUUUUUUUUUGUGUGUGUCUUUAAUAUGUUGACGGAAGUCCUGGAUUUAUGUGGUUUAUUUACAUGGAUCUUCUUGUCUGGUUUCGACUCGGUCAUCCUCGCCGUCACAUGUGUCGGUUUAGUGUCGCAGUCUUCCCUCGAAUCUCUUUGACUUUUCAGACCUGCAGCCAGCCGUGUAAGUCUGGAAUGAGAUUUCAUGAGUUAAUUCCUUGUACUAAACUAUUUACAGCCUGGAUUACUGAAGGUCUCUGUAGGAGAAAAAGGUGAAGGUGUCUUCAGGACGGCGGCCUUGGCAAUGUGACCAGGAAUACUUAGAACAAACGCUUUAUUUGUUUUAAAAAUGUUUUAUUUUGGUAUUCUAGACAGGAAUUUUUCUGAAAUCAUGCGUUUUGAUGUGCUCUGUACUGUACUUGUGUGCAAUAAAGCUUUAAAUGGUCACAGAC